GUACCUCGUGUUAUUUCGGCGGGUGGCACCUGGGUUAUUAUUUGGCAGCCGGUUUGUGACGCAAUGCCUCGUGUCCUACUCGUAAAUCAUCGCCCUUUUCCGUAACUUCUCGCGCCUCUUGAACAAGCGACGCUGCUGAUGUCACAGAGCAGCAGCAGCAACAGCAGCAGCAGAGAAGGAGGUGAAUGAUGAUGAUGAUGAUGAUGGCGACCGUCAGAGCGGCUCUUUAACAGAAUAAAGCUCCAUCUCCCGCCGCCGGAGCCAGCUGUACGAUGGAAGGACGCUUCGCUCCGGACCAGGAGCAGCUCCUCCAGUUCCUCCGGAGGCUCAAGGAGGUUUUCGACGUGUGUGACGAGGAUGCUGACGGCUUCAUCCGGGUGGAGCACCUGGUGGACCUCGGUCUGCAGUUCGGUCAAGGAGACGAGGUGAAGAAGUUAACCAGGUACCUGGAUCCUAAUGCUCACGGGAAGAUCAACUUCAAAGACUUUUGCCACGGUGUGUUCGCCAUUAAAGGUUGUGAGGAGAUUCUGAAGAUGGCUGUGGGUCCUCGUGGUGUUACCUCUAACCAGCCGUCUGUUACUGACAACGGUUACAUCUACCAGAACGGUGAGGCCAAGCUGGGCCCUCCCAUCAUCAUGUGUACACGCUCCUACCCAGAAUGCAGUGUGUAUGGCGAGGGUUGUGGUGCUGACGGGGAGUGUGACAUGGAUAGCAGCGCUGAAAACGGCAGCAGCUCCGACUCUUUGGAUCCAACACGGCGAGACGGCCACCUGAUUGGCUCGGCGUCUGCGUCAGUCAUCUCCGGGGAGGAGCAGUUUGAGGACUACGGUGAGGGGGAGGAUGUGGACUUUACUCCCAGCAGCCCUUGCCCUGAAGAAGACACCAGAACAAAUGGCUUCUCAGACCUGGGAUCCUCCCUUCCCUCCAGUGCUGGGCAGACUCCUCAGAAGAUGCGUCAACUGUACAACAGUGAGCUGCUGGACAUCUACUGUUCUCAGUGCUGCAAGAAAGUGAAUCUCCUCAACGACCUGGAGGCUCGACUUCGAAACCUCAAGGCCAACAGCCCUAAUAGAAAGAUUACCAGCACAGCAUUUGGACGCCAGCUGUUCCAGGCCAACCACAGUGUGUUUGGGUCCAGUCAGGGCAGCAGCACAGAGGACCUGUUCACGGACAGCAUCGACUCCUGCGACCUCGAUAUCACAGAGAAGGUCAGUUAUCUGGAGAAGAAGGUGACGGAGUUGGAAAGCGACAGUCUGGCCAAUGGUGACCUCAAGUCCAAACUCAAACAGGAGAACACACAACUUGUACACAGGGUGCAUGAGCUGGAGGAGCAGGUGAAGGAUGCAGAGACCAGGGCAGACCAGAGUCUGGAGGAGGAGACCAAGAGACACCGGGAGGUGUACAGCAAGAUGGACAGGGACCGGAACCUCGAGAUAGACCUGCUCUGUAACAGGGUACAGCUGUUAGAAGAAGAGAAUGGAGAGAUGAAGUUAAACGUAUGCAGACUCAAGUCACAGACUGAGAAACUGGACCAGGAGAAGCAGAGGAUGACAGACAAGCUGGAGGACACCGGUCUGAGGCUGAAAGACGAGAUGGACCUCUACAGGAAGAUAAUGGACAAGCUCUGGCAAAACCGCCAUGAGUUUCAGAAGGAGAAAGAGGCCAUGCAGGAGCUCAUCGAUGAUCUGCGCCGGGAGCUGGAGUAUCUGCAGCUGUUUAAGCUGGAGAUGGAGCAUCCAGGACAGGGCAAGGGUCUGUCUGAGUUCAACGCCAGGACCAGAGAGCUCGAAAUGGAACAUGAAGUCAAGAGACUGAAACAGGAGAACCAUAAGCUGCGGGAUCAGAACGACGACCUGAACGCUCAGAUUCUCAGUCUGAGUUUGUACGAGGCUAAGAACCUGUUCGCCUGUCACACCAAGGCCCAGUGCCUGGCAGCGGAGAUCGACAACGCAUCCCGGGAUGAGCUGGUCGAUGCUCUGAAGGAGCAGGAGGAGAUCAACCUGCGUUUACGGCAGUACAUGGACAAAAUCAUUCUGGCCAUCCUCGACCAUAACCCCUCCAUCCUGGAGAUCAAGAGUUAGACACCUCACACAUGCACGCACGCACACACACACACACACACACGCACGCACGCACGCACGCACGCACGCACGCACACACACACACACACACACACACAUACACCGUUGUAUUUCUGUAGUUGUGGGGACCUUCCAUUACCUGGCUAUUAGCUCGUACCUUGAAGUUCUAAUCCUUCUGGUUUUAGUCCUGGUUGAUUGGUUCCUGGUGGGUAACCGCAGCAACCAGCAGCGGCUGUAUUCGUUCACAGUGCAGACAAACAUACUCAUGUUGUUCUGGACAAGAAGUCAGUCACUAACCGUUUCAUGAGCAGCUGCCAUCACAGUUCAUGCUGCAUACGCCUUGUAAGAUUUCUAUGUCUUGUUUUGUAGACCAAUUUCUCAAUUUCUGAUGGAUGAUCAGGUUUAGUGGUAAGCUGCGUUUUCUGACUUCUUCACAGUAAAUGUGAACCAGCAGCAGGAGGAAACGUCGAUUAGCAUCACUAUCAGCAGUAACACUGGAUUACAUGCUGCAUUGCUUCCUGUCCAUCCCUUCUGCGUGUGAAGGCAAUCUGAGUCCAGCGAGGGAACGGCGGACUCCGCCACUAACAGUAAGAACUGCUAGAUAGAGAGAUAAUUACCGAAUGUGAGUACAUUAAAUGGCUAUUGCUGAAAAAAUGCUGACCGUGAAUAAUAUCAAAAACGUUUUUUCCUUCCUGAUACCGACAGCUGAACUUGCAGUAUCAGCCAAUACGAGUCCCGAUCCGAUACCAGCGGGAUAAAAAAAAAAAUAGUUAUUAUCCAUCCAUCCAUCCAUCAUCUGUAACUUCUUAUCCUGUUCAGGGUGGCGGGGGGGCUGGAGCCGAUCCCAGCUGACAUUAGGUGAAGGCGGGAUACACCCUGGACAGGCCAUAGUUAUCAUUAUUAUUAUUAUUAUUAUUAUUAUUAUUAAUAUUAUUAUUAUUAUUAUUAUUUAAAAGCUGUGACCAACUACCUACAGUCAGUUCUUCUUCUCUGCUCUAAAACAGUAGUAGCCAGUGGCAGCCAUGACUCCAGGCCGACAGCACAGUGAAGACUACCGUUCUGGAGCAGAGAAGAAGAAUUGAUUUCUGUUUAAACAUGUUGAUUUUUUUCUGGAUUAAUAAAUUAUGCUGUCGGAUCGGUGCAUAGACUGGCAAACUCGCCGAUACCCGAUCCAGAAUUUUGGGCAGUAUCGGAUGCUUUCCGGUACUGGUAUCGGUGUCACUAUCGGAACGACUCGGUCAAAAACAGAAAAUCUGAAGGAUUCUAACUUUAAACUGGAGCCUAACUUCUGAAUGUCCUAAAUGUUCUCACUCUUACUGACAGAUGUAGUUCCACGGGUUCACACACACUCUGUAUAUCUGCACCACCACAGCAGAGCAGACCAUCUUCAUAUCCACUAGAACCAAACGCUUAUUUAUCUGUCAAUCACUGUAGAGCUGCUGUGCCAUGUGUAAUCUGUCCGCCAGCGUUUUAUAAUUAGAUAUUUGAAACUACUGAAAUAUGGCAAAUGGGAAAUAUUUGGGAAAACACAAAAAAAAACAUAUGUUGGUGUUGACUUUAUUCCUGAUUGUUAUGUGUGAUAACUGGGCUGAGGGUGUGGGACAUAAAACAGGUAGUGAUUUAAAGGACCAUAUCAGUGUUUUACAUAUUUUCUACAAACCAUUUGCCAAAUCAGUCCAUAAUGUUCAGACUUUAGAUGUGUUUUCUUCCAGGCAGCCUUCAUGUCAGAAUGUAUGAAGAAACGUGAAAUUAGAGUUCAGUUUUAUAAUCAUCAUCAACCAUGAUAUUGAGUGGCAACGCCGAGCAGAACCAAUCUGCCAUUAUAAAUGCUAGUUGACUUUCAUAAUGUAUGGGAAUGAAUGGGAGUGAAUGGAAACCAGUGGAAGCAUCAGAGGAGGAACGGAAUAGUUCAACAUUUGGGGAAUUACGCUGAAUUGCAUUCUUGAUUCACAUAUUACAUUUACAUCAGUCUGUGUGUUCAGUACAAAGCUGGAGUCAGGACGUGGUUAGCUUAGCUUAGUUUAGCUUAGCUUAGCUUAGCAUAAAGACUGAAAGCAGGGGAAACAGCUAGCCUGGCUCUGUCGGUAGUUCAGAACUCCACCUCUAAGGACUAAUAGUUAACAGGUUGUAUGUAGUUUGUUUCAUCAAGUUGUAGUUUUAGAGGGAAUUAUGUUUUGGAUGAAUAGAUGUUGAACUAUUUCUUUAAAAAAAAUCUGAAAUAAAAGAUGUUUAAAAUGGUCAAAAUGUAGUGCAAAGUAUUUCUGUAUAAACGGCUACAACGUGCAGAAACACUGACCUGGGCCUUUAAAGUGACACAGCUUGGAACCCUUUAAUUUGAAUGUCUCCAUGAUUCAUACAUUGUGCUGUACACUACAUAAAAUCAAUGUUUGAUAGUUUUCAGUAACAUUGAUCCUUUGAGGGACAAUUCAGUGCUGUUUUUAUGAAGACUUCUCAUGAUAAAGGUAUUAAAAGGUGCUAAGAGCCAAUAUAAUGUGCCAAAUUUGAACAUUUCACUGUUUUCAUGGACAGAAAUAGUUGAAGGGGCAUCAUACCCGUCAUACAGAAAACAUCUGUCAUACAGAAAACAUCUGUCAUACAGAAACGCCAACAACUCGAGUCGAAGAGCUGCAAACAUUGAUGACUGCACAAGUUGAGCAGCGCUGGUUCAUUGUGAUUUGGUCAUUCACAAAUCCUCUAAAGGCCCAGACACACCAAGCCGACAUCAGAGAACUAACAGCCGGAGCAAACAUUCUCAUUUUACAGCUAAACAGUCCACUACAAGAUGUUUCUGACAACAUGUGAGGAGAGAAAUAGGCAUUACAGUAACAGAAUAUUGAUUCAUAUCUGAUCAGCGCUGCCUAGUUUGACAGUAUGAUUGGAGUUGAUGAGCAGUGAUUGACAGCUGCUGUAGAGACUGCUCGGCUCUGAUUGGUUGUCGUUCUUCAUUUGGAGCACUAGACGGAGGCAGAGGAACCUUCUCAGAUGAUCUGUCAGGAUAUAGGGACAGUUUGAGCAAAUAUGACGAGAGUUAAUUGACAGUUGUUCAUGUACUGUUCCUUAGCCUAUUACAACCACCGUAAUUACUGAUGUAUUAAUGAUUAGUUCACAAUAGUUUUUAGAAAUACUGUAUCAAUGCUGUAUCAUUUGCAGUGUUCUAUAGACUUAACUAUAAGCAGCCGUACUGAGCUGCUGUAGUGAGCACUAUAUAUCAGUCACUAUAUUAACUUUUUCUCCAUUGCACAAAAUGUUCACCAACUGAUUUUUUAAAAGUUUAUUUGCUUGUUUCUUUCACAGGUUUUGUGCAUUUGCAUACGAGGUAUGAAAAUCGAUUAUCACUCAGCUAUAAAUGUGUCCAUUGUUGCCAUGGUGACUGAGCUUUUUUUAUAUUGACAUUUUUACUUUAAGACACAGUAUUUGUGAUUUCAUACAUUGUAAAUGUUGUACAGAAUCUAGUUACUAUUUAUGUGCAUAUCAUUUCGCUUAUUUAAAAGUCUCUUAGAGAGUUUUGACACAAAAUAACAAAAUAUGUGUUGUAGAUUAUAAUAUGAAGUCAGUAAUAUAUAACACACUUCAAAGUGUCAUAGCCAAAGUAUUUAACUGGAAUAAUAUUAAACAUGAUGAAAACAUAUUAUUGUCUGUCACAUCUCACAUGUGUUCACUUUGAUUUCUUUUACUUGUGUAUCACACAUGGAGGAGUUCUGGGUGACCAUGUUCUACAAACUAGAUGUGUAAAUAAAAUCCACUGGCUUUGGCAUGA